UGGAAAUGUGCUUUCAAUCACCAGAGUUCGCAAAGGUAAAAGGUUUCUGAGUUCGCAGGUCCAUGGCCUGUCAUCUCAUAUGGUGCGAUUGUGGCAGAGCACGUCACAUGCGACGGCAAAUAAUAAGAUGGCCGUCACCAUCUCAUUAUCGCGGUAGCUUCUGGAAUCAUUAGUCCGUUUGGAAGGGCAUGGAGUCCUCCACAGGUUGCUGGCUCCGCUGUGAACUGGUUUGAGAUGUGGGAAUGCGAAAUUUACCGAAAUUUAUACUGUCCUGUCAUAGGUUCUUCUUCUUUGAGCAGAUGCAUAGUGUCCCUGUGAAGGAUGCAAUGCUGGCAACUAGGCACAAAAGGAUGAGUUCUCGCCAUGUGUUCGAGUCAUCCUCCAGCUAUUAUCACCAGGGAUUUCUCAACCGCAGACAGGGAGAUUUCCCUUCCGACAAGUCCAACAAGAGGCCGUGGCAAUGCCUUGCCCUGAACAGCUGCACUGAAAGCUACUCGCCCCCGAAAGGCCGAAAGUCUUGGUCGACGACGACGAGCACCAUAUGCAGAUGCCUCUUGUAUUGUUGUCUCUGUUGAGCCGCGAUACCUGGCCGGACCGCCGGAGUACUGCGUAUUCAUGAGCUCCCUGAGGACCCUGUCCCCUUCCUCGCCUUGCCAGUCGGCACCUUGCUUUCAUGCGCAGAGCCCACACGGAGUAAAGAAGAGAGCUGUGGCGCACGUACACCAAACACAUUGACACUUGUGCUUGUAAGAAACACUCCAAGAAGCGGAGCAGAUGACGACGGAUCGGACGUUAAUACUCUCCAUGCAAGCAGAUUAGGAGCCGUGUAGACGUGUAGUGGACCAGGUGGUUGCAGGUCCAUGCAAAGCACCUGCAGUUGGUUGACAGUCGCUCACUCUCAUUUCAACCCCAGGCAGAGCGCGGAUAGAAAAGUAGAAACUGACUGCCAAUGGACAUGGAGUCGUUUAUCGUUCUCCUGUUCCUCUUUCUUGCCAGAGCGGAGGCGGCGAGCAACGGCGUUGGCGUUGGCGGUCGAGAAGGGAAGGCUGGGGCAGCGGUGCUUCUUUCGCUCAGGCUGCAGGAGGUGGCGCCCCCGCCGCGAGCGCUGGCGAACCGGCUGCGGUUCCGACACAACGUGAGCCUGACGGUGUCGGUGGUUGUCGGCACGCCGCCGCAGAACGUUACGAUGGUGCUUGACACCGGCAGCGAGCUCUCCUGGCUGCUCUGCAACGGGAGCUCCGUGUCGCCGCCUGCGCCGUUCAAUGCGUCGGCUUCUUUGACGUACAGUGCCGUCGAUUGCUCGUCGCCGGCGUGCGUGUGGCGCGGACGUGACCUGCCCGUCCGCCCGUUCUGUGACGCGCCGCCGUCGACCUCCUGCCGCGUCUCCAUCUCCUACGCAGACGCCUCCUCAGCCGACGGCCACCUGGUGGCCGACACCUUCAUCCUCGGCACGCAGGCCGUGCCCGCCCUGUUCGGCUGCAUCACCUCCUAUUCCUCCAGCACCGCCAUCAACAGCAGCGCCACUGACCCGUCGGAGGCGGCGACUGGGCUCCUUGGCAUGAACCGUGGCAGCCUCUCCUUCGUGACGCAGACGGCGACCCUCCGCUUCGCCUACUGUAUCGCCCCCGGCCAAGGACCCGGCAUCCUCCUCCUCGGCGGCGACGGCGGCGCGGCCCCGCCACUGAACUACACGCCGCUGAUAGAGAUCUCCCAGCCUCUGCCGUACUUCGACCGGGUGGCCUACUCCGUGCAGCUGGAGGGCAUCCGCGUGGGAAGCGCCUUGCUCCAAAUCCCCAAGUCCGUGCUCACGCCGGACCACACGGGCGCCGGGCAGACCAUGGUGGACUCCGGCACGCAGUUCACCUUCCUCCUGGCCGACGCCUACGCGGCGCUCAAGGCCGAGUUCCUGAACCAGACGCGGUCGCUGCUCGCCCCGCUCGGCGAGCCGGGCUUCGUGUUCCAGGGCGCGUUCGACGCGUGCUUCCGCGGCCCGGAGGAGCGAGUGUCGGCGGCGAGCCGGCUUCUCCCCGAGGUGGGCCUGGUACUCCGCGGCGCGGAGGUGGCCGUGGCCGGGGAGAAGCUCCUGUACAGUGUACCCGGCGAGCGGCGCGGGGAGGAGGGAGCGGAGGCUGUGUGGUGCCUGACGUUCGGGAACUCGGACAUGGCGGGCAUGUCGGCGUACGUGAUCGGGCACCACCACCAGCAGGACGUGUGGGUGGAGUACGACCUGCAGAACGGCCGAGUCGGCUUCGCGCCGGCGCGCUGUGAGCUCGCUACCCAGCGCCUCGGCGUCCAAGUGUAGUUGGGCUCUAGUGGCAUUGUCUCUGAUCAGUGCUUGCAGUCAAUGUGUAGUCGUCGUGUAAAGGUAUAGCGAAAUAGCGGCGGCACUAGCAGCCUAGCAGGGCACGAAUCGUUAGCAGAGGGCGAGUAUUAGUGAUGGCCCCUCUCCGAUCACCUGCUGCCAGUGACGAGCUGCUGCUUACUCCGUAUUUACAAACUUCAUUGUUGUAUUAUGCGAGUACAUACACGAGCUAAUGAAGCGACAUUUCAAUUUC